UAUCCUUUAAAAUUUAUUUUAGUUUCUUCUACCACUCAAAUAACUCGAAUAUCGAAAAAGCUUCGGCGUUGAAGGCGUCGACGGUGAAUUUGCUAUUACUUGUCGAAGCGUCGGGUUAUCCGGACCAGAGGGUUCCUCGAUUAUGGAUCAUGUGUGGGAUGAUGGUUUUGUUGAUUUAACGAUUGAUGAUAUUAGGGUUUUGAUUGGAGAUACUCCGAAAGCAAAGGAUGGGUAUGCGGGGUCUAAGUUUAUUUUCUGUAGUGGCGGGCUGAUGAAGAAGAGAGAAGAAGAGGAAGAGGAAGAGAAGGUAGAUGAAGUAGAAGAAAAAGGGGAAGCUGAUGAAGUGGGAUUGAAGAUAGAAGAAGAGGAAAAUGGUGACAUUAUUGGUGAGUUUUCGAGGCCGUGUUCGUUUACUACUUCACAAGAAGAUGAUUCAUCUAGCACGACGACGGAUACUAGGUCGAAUAGUAUAUCUCCUAAUGUGAGAUUGAAGCCUGUAAUUACUCCUGGGAGUUGGCAAAAGGGUGAGCUUUUGGGCCGUGGUUCAUUUGGAACUGUAUAUGAAGGAAUUUCUGAAGAUGGAUUCUUUUUUGCUGUAAAACAAGUUUCACUGCUUGAUCAAGGGAGUCAGGGAAAGCAAAGUGUCGUUCAACUGGAGCACGAAAUUGCACUUCUGAGUCAGUUUGAACAUGAGAAUAUUGUUCGAUACAUUGGCACUGAAAUGGAUGAAUCAAAUCUAUAUAUUUUUAUCGAGUUUGUAACCAAAGGUUCCCUUUUAAGCCUCUACCGGAGGUAUAAACUUCGAGAUUCCCAAGUAUCUGCUUAUACGAGACAGAUUCUGCAUGGUUUGAAGUAUCUUCAUGAUCGCAAUAUUGUUCACAGGGAUAUUAAAUGUGCAAAUAUAUUGGUUGAUGCGAAUGGAUCUGUCAAGGUUGCAGAUUUUGGAUUAGCAAAGGCAAUUAAACUGAAUGAUGUUAAAUCAUGCCAAGGAACAGCAUUCUGGAUGGCACCAGAGGUUGUAAGAGGAAAAGUUAAAGGUUAUGGACUUCCGGCUGAUAUAUGGAGUCUAGGAUGCACUGUGUUGGAGAUGUUAACUGGGCAAGUUCCAUACGCUCCUAUGGAAUGUAUCAGCGCAAUGUUUAGAAUUGGAAAAGGUGAACUACCUCCCGUGCCUGAUACUCUUUCAAGAGAUGCACGCGAUUUUAUUCUGCAGUGUCUUAAAGUUAAUCCAGAUGAUCGUCCCACUGCGGCUCAACUCUUAGACCACAAAUUUGUCCAGAGGUCAUUCUCCCAGUCCUCUGGCUCAGCGUCUCCACAUAUUCCGAGAAGAAGUUAAACUUGUCAUAUCCAAAUAUGGAACACAACUAAGGAGGUGGACAAGGAGAACAGAAGACUUUCUAACUGGUUUCCGGUGAAAUUCUCAAAUUUCACCUAUGCCAACUGCAGCAUAGGUUUAUUUGAUUAUUUAUCUCUUGAUGACAUAUUUGUCAUUCAUUGGAUUUAAAAUGUUUCCAAUGUUCAAUAUUCAACUUCUUAGAGUUGGUCUAGGGGGUUAUUGUUGUAGUAAUUGUUGUGCCUUUUGAAGUCAGAGUUUUCUUGGUUGUGUUUUUUUUUUUUUUGAGAGGGUUUUUGGUUGUGUUGUAGCUUAUAUUUUUAGGCACUGCUUCAGUUCUAGUACUACAGUCUCCGGAAUCGGGGUGCAUGAAUAUCAUAUUUGAGAAUUAGGGUCACUAUGUUGUGUAAUUAUGUGUUGUAUAAUUUAUUACUCAAUGAUAAUAUGUCUGUCAAAGAACGCUGUAAGUAUAUUAUCAUCAAAAUGUAAUAGGUUGCCACUUGCCAGAGUCUUCUACCAAUUUGUAGGCUAAACUUCUGGGAGCAAUAGGAGCAGAAACUGGACACUUCUGUUGCUAUUUUUGUACAUGUUCUUUUGUUAGUAGGAAAUUAUUAGUGUAUAUUUUUAUUCCCAAACU